GGUCGCUCGGAUGAAGGCGAAGCUGGCGGCGCUGACUGCUGCGCAGCGGAUCGUCGGGGCGCAGGUGGCGGUGUACAAAGGCGGCCAGCUCGUGUGCGACGUCACCGGUGGCACCCUGUCGACCAUCGACGACAGACCCGUGGAGAGCGGCACCCACUUCCCCCUGAUGGGGGCGCUGGGGGCGGUGUCCGCGCUGGCGCUGCUCCGGGCCCUGCGCCGCCGGGCGCGCCGGCUCUCGCAGGCGGCCGCGCCGGCGGACGAGGGGAGCCCCUCGGCCGCCGCCGCCGCCGACGCGACCGCACUCCACACGCCCAUCGUGCGCAUCUGGCCAGAGUUCAGCGGGGGCGAGUCUGAGCUGACGCUGGCCGACGUGCUCGGCCACUGUGCAGGCCUCCAGGACGCCUUCCCCACCAACUUCGGCCCCUCCACGCUCGACGACGUGGCCGCGGUGGCGCAGCACCUGGAGAACGCCGACCUGUCGGCUGCCAGGGAGCCGCGGUACGCCUACCUGAUGCAGAACUUCGUCAUGGCCAAGCUGGGGGACUGCUUGGCCGACGAGGACAACCUGCUGCACUGGCUCGGGCGGGAGCUGGGCGACUUCGGCCUGGACAUCGCGGCGCCCGCAGGCCGCGGCGGCGAGGCGUCCAUCUGCCGCGAUUUGCCGCAGCUGUCCCGGGUCUCCAUGCAGGAGGUCUCCGAGGGCCGCGAGCGGAGGACCACCCGCACUGGCAGCCGCCCCAGCAGCGGGCUCGAGACGCAGUCCCUGCUGCAGGCCCUGGCCAAGAACCCGCUGGCCUUCGACCCGCUGCAGGGCAACACCGAGCACGGGGCCAAAUUUCGUGGCGGCAUGUCGCUGGGCGCCUCCGCGUGCGGUCUCGCGGAGCUGUUCUCGAGGCCCGAGGUGCACGAGGACCUGGGCGCGCUGCGGGCGCUUGAGCUGGCGGGCGAGGACCCCACGGCCAUCGGGUGGCUGCUCGCCGGCGGCGCGUGCGAGGCCAUCAAGCAGUUCCUUGGGCAGCACGGCGGCCCCUCAACCGACACGAGGACCUCAGUCAACCUCGGAGUAGACGACGGUGCUGGACAGGCUCGUCGCACAGGAGGUCGAGGUAAGAAGGCCA